AUGAAGCAAGCUGGAUUAGGCAAAAGGUGAGAAAAAUCGUUUCCUAUUCGAAACAUCCCAAAAUAUGAGUCCGUAUACUCAGAAAAAGUCGCGUAGUAACUUGAAUUAUCUGCUAGCUGAGCGAUCAAUCGCCCGAAUUAUCUUAGUUCAGGCGAAUAAUCGUGCAGCUCACUUUACUAACCGAUUAACCGCCCAUCUUAUCUGAAACCCCCCCCCCCCAUUUCCUAGUCAUAAAGUCUUGAUUUUGGCCAAUCCUAAUCAAAAUAUCCACUUCAGAAAACUUCUAAUAAGUCAACUAUUCUUUCAGACUCGAACACUGGUAUUCUCGAUAUUCUACAAGGAUUGGAAACUCUCACGUGGAACUCAACACCGUCAUUCAACACCGUCAUUCAACACCAUUAAAAAUCUUCCAAUCAGCUCAGUUUGUCUCAACAACCCUGUAAAAUUGUCAAGAAGCGCCGAAAAUCGAUUUUUCGAUGUUAUUUUUAAUUAUUUUACUGUUUUUUGUUGUUGUUGUUACAUACAAUAAAUCAUGUUUAUACAGUUCCUUCAAAAAUUCCGAAAUCGACGCAUUCAACAUACAAUAUUGACAGUAAACCUAGAAUUCAGACAAAAUCAAGCAAGCAAAUGAAAAAAAAAAUUGAAUUGAAAAUAAAAACGAGCGUAGCUAAGAUUUACACCUCAGCGUAGACUAAAGCGUACAAGCCAGCGUAGCUAAGGCGGUGUAUGACGCUACAAACGCUCGUUUGUACGCUUUAGACUACGCCAGCGGCUGCUGAGAAGUACUGUAGGUUUCAAAGUCUGCAAUUUCUGCAAACACCGCAUAUUUACUGUAGACAAAACUCACAACCUGACGACACAUUCGUUUUCAUUUUUCUUUUUUCUUUUGCCAAGGCCUAAAGUCAGUUAAUUAGGGUUUUCAUUAUACACGUUCUGUACUCAUUUCUCAAAAUUUAACGAUAUCAGUAAUGGUAAAUGGAAAAACGAAUAUGAAAACUACAAUUUUUCAUUUCGCAACUGGAAAGUUGCUCGUGGAAGAGUUUAAUUUUUUAGCUGGCCUAAAAAUUUUUACGUGGCCUAACAUAUUAGUAUGAGCAAUGAAAUUCUUGUCUUUUUUAUUUUAGUCACUUCGUUUAAGGGCGAAUAAAUAGAGACAGAGAGCGUAUAGAGUGCGAAAGAAAAAAUCGCGAAACUGAAAGUACCGCAAAAGCCAACUGUUGGGUCCUGAAUAGAUGGUCCAUGAAUUCUCAUUUUUUAAAAAAUUUUUGGGGUAUUUUGUGUCUGCGUCUUUUUUCUCUAUUUGUUCGUCCAUUUCCUUGAAUUUAUUUUCAGAAUGGAUGAUUAUGAAAGUCCAAAAAGCCAUGGGCUUCCAUACCGGGAUCCUCAUUUUCCUGCGUAUCUCCGACUUUUCAAGUAAGUUUUUUUUCUGUUAAGAUUUUCAGAAACGAUUUCUAUUUUGUAGAUGGAAAGUCUUGGAUAUUUGUAUCGAAAGAACAUCAAAUUCCGCAUUCAAUAUGUUCGAACCAAUCUUCGGCCGUGAAGAAUUGUUGCAUAUUGUGUCAAUGAUUCGAGACACCGAAGAAUGUGUCGAUAGAGACAAAAAAGAUAUGAAUGUUCCAGAGAUUGAAAAGAUUCCGAAUAUGAAUGAUGACCAAAGAAAGGUUUAUAAUGAAAAAGUGAAGAAACGUCUGUUUUAUAUCGCAGAACUUCGAGAAAUGGAGAUCAGACUUGUUCGAGUUAGUUUUUCUUUAAUGACGUCAUUACCUAGUUUUAGUCUAAAUUUAUGUUUUCAGAGAAGAUACAUCGAACAUUUCUUCGACCAAGUGUUUUACUGUGAGCAAGGAAUUCAAAUCGUUGAUAAACUUUUGUUUGAAGGUUAGUUUUAUAUUCCAUGUGGUAUGUUUUUGCAUUUCAAACUAAAUCUGCUGUUUCAGAGAAUAGAAGUGUAUACGAUCAAACGCAUUGGAAUAAUUGUCCAACUGAUUGGCCAGCUCGCGAUGCAUACUUUGCUCGUUUCUAUCAUUCUGCUGGUGAAUCAAAAACACCAGUUAACCGAUGUGAUCACCAACUUUUGGAUAGUGUAUCUUGCGCUGCUCGCGGUAAUCUUAUUUAUUCGUUUUUUGCCAACAAUCCAUUUUAUGAACGCGAACAACGAGUUACUGAAUUGUUUUUGAAUGACGAUAAUCUGAAUAUUCGAACUGAAUUUGUUCGAGAUGUUCUUGAUGAAGGACCAUCCAAUUAUAUUGAAAGAAAUGCAGAGGGUGAAGAAAUCACUAGACCAAAUCCAUUGAUUUGGAAUAUUCAUAAGUGAGAUUUUCUAAAAAUUCAAAAUGUUAUUCAACAAAAUUUUAUUACAGAACAAAUCUUCUUUUUGCAACAUUUGCUUUAAUCGAUGUUGGAAUACUUCCUGAAUCAAAAAAAGACGAUUGGUAUUAUAAUUUGUUGGAAGCAUUGAGUAAAGAUCCACACGGAAGAGCUGCACUUUGGUUCCUUCAUAGAAACUAUAAAGAGGCGUUGAGUGAGUUCAUUUCAAUUGUUUUAUGUUAGGAAAUAUUUUGAAUUUUUGCAGAAGAAAAAGAGAUUGAAAGACAACGUGAAAGACUUCUUCUUUUUGAUGGUUCAGAAAGAUCAAAGGGGGAAACUGCAAUCGACGAUCAAGAUGAAGUCGAUACACUUCGACCACAACCCGAUGAUUUGGCAUACGUUUCUGAUGAUGAUGAAAAUAAUGCCGAAUUAAAUCUUCGUAUUUAUCAAGAAGAAUUAGUUAGACCUGCAUUAAUUGGAAAGAAUACUGUAAUUGUCGCACCAACUGGUUCAGGAAAAACAGAAGUUGCCAUUUUCGCUGCUUUGGAACAUAUCAGAAAACGGGCAGAGAAAAAGAAAGCAUCAAGAGUUGUGAUGUUAGUUCCGAAGAUUCCAUUGGUUUCUCAACAAGCUGAUCGAUUUUUGAAAUAUUGUCGUGGAAAAUAUUAUGUGGAACAAUGCUAUGGUUCAGAACAUAUUAGUAAUGGAAAAGGUAGAAAAGAUGAUGUUCUUCGAUCACAUAUUGUUGUUAUGACACCACAAAUUCUACUGUUAGUUUCUAGAAAUCUUUUCUCCGCAUAAUUAAUAAUUUUUCAGGAAUAUGUGGCAGUCAGUUCGUGAAAGUGAGCGAUUAUAUGUUUGUGAUUUUUCAAUGGUGAUUUUCGAUGAAGUUCAUAAAACAACUGGAAAUCAUCCAUAUGGCGAAAUUGCUCGAAUGAUCCAAAUAUAUAAAGGAACAGAGAAACCACAAGUAAUAGGUUUAACAGCUUCUUUGAAUGUGAAAGCAACUGCGAGUAAUGAUAUGUCAAGAAUGCUAGGCGAGAUUUAUAAAUUGUUAGCAAUGUUGAAUGCCACAGUUUUGAGCACAAUACAGAAUCCUGAUAGUAUUGCUGAAUUGAAUAAACAUGUAUCAAGACCAGAUGAUUGUAAGUUUGAUUUAUAUUAAGAUCAUAUUUCAAAAAUGAAAUUCUUAAUAAUUCCAGCCGUUGUGCCAUGUCAACCUCCACUCAAAGAUCGUUCUCGUAUUCGACAGUUUAUUCAACGACUUUUCAGAGAACUUCACGACAAGUUAUUAGUUGAUAUUGAAAAAAUCAUCGCAAUUCGUGCUGGAAAUGUUUUCCAAAAGAAUUUCAUGAGAAAUGCGAAAAACUUGAAUUUGGAUGAUGUUGUAUAUUACGAAUCUUGGUUGCAACAAGUUUCGUUGAAUUUGGACAAAGUCAAUUCACACGAAAAAAUGGUGCCACAAAUGAAUGUUGAAUAUUUGAAAAGUGUUGUUGAAGCAAGAGGAAUUGUUGAAGUAAUGCCGGCUUAUGUUGCAUUUGAUUAUUUGGAUAUGAGAUUUAGUGAGAUGAGAAGAAAACACAAUUUUCCACAAUUCUCGCAGCUUUUCGAUAGUAGGUUUAUUUUAAUGAAAAAUGUUGAAUUUAUAUCUUUUUUGGUUUUAGUUAUUUUCACAUGAAUCACUCUUUUUCUCAAAGCGCAAGUACUGAAAAAAUUUAGUCUUAUUUUUUAUUUUGAUAUUUUUCUAGAAAAAUUGGAAAAGUUUCGGCGCAGAAUUUUAAUGCAGCAAGGAACCAAAAUGCAGAUGUCUAUUAAUUUUAUGAUAAUAUUCACAAUAAUUUUCAGACAAUCGCGAAACUUUGAAUCUCAUGAAAAACAAUUCCGAAGAUAAUGCAGAUCCAGAAAUUGUUGCCCAGCUCAAAAAUACGCUCAAAAAUCAAUUUGAAGAAUCACCAAAUUCUCGUGCAAUUAUUUUUGUUGUUCAGCGUAGCACAGCCGAACGUGUUUCUAAUUUUUUGAAUGAAUGUCGAGUUUUGGGAGGAGAACAUGAUUUCGAUUAUGUUCUCGGAUCAAAUAAUCAAGGAGCUGUUAAACAAAGUCAAACAAAACAAGAGUCUGUUAUUAAACGAUUCAAUGAUGGAAAAUUGAAAGUAAUGGUUGCCACAUCAGUUGUUGAAGAAGGUUUGGAUGUUGCAACGUGUAAUUUGAUUAUCAAAUAUAAUUGCUCAUCUGGAUCUGCAAUUCAAUUAACACAACAAAGAGGUCGAGCACGUGCAAAGAAUUCAAGAUCUGUUCUUCUUGUUGUUACUGGAAAAGUGAAUGAAAACGAAAAUAAUGCAUUGAUUUCUGAAAAGUAUAUGAGACAAUGUGUUGCAAGAAUUCAGAAGGAUGGUCAGAAAAAUCUGGAGAAAAAGGUUUGUGGAGAAAUAAAAAUGGAAAUUUAAAACUUUAACUAUUAUUUUCAGGUUGAAGAAGAAAGUAUAAAAUUGAAACGAGAACGCGAGCAAGAAGUAAAAGAGAAAAUGAUCAGAGAAAAAUCAUUGCAGUCGAAAUUAUACACAGUGACAUGUACAAAAUGUAGUUUGGAAUUCUGUAAAAGUGAUAAAAUUAAAAAGAAAUAUUCAAAUUAUAUGAUGAUGGAUCCGGAUGUUUGGGACAAGCUCGAAUUAGAAACACGAAAAAGAGCUAAUAAUAAAUACAUUGAUGAUAAUACACAACCAUUGUGUAAUUUGAAAUGUACAAAGUGUCGAUCUGAAAUCGGAAAAGCGUUCAAACAGAAGUAAGACUUCCAUCAAUUUUUCAUAAUAUGAAAUCAAUAUUUACAGCGGUGUUUAUGUUCCUCAACUUGAUAUUAGAGCUUUGUCAUUCGUCGAAACAAACAAAACAAUUCCACACGUCGAUACAGGAAGAAAAUGGCUAACUGUUGAACAAGAUUUGUUUUAUAUUGCUGAAGCACAUGAAUCACAUUUCGUAAGUUGUUUGAAAAUUGAAGAUUUAUGGAAAUAUUUAUUUUACAGAAGGAAAUGCUUAAUGCUCUGAAUAGAAAUGAGAAGAACUGCGCCAAAAAACGAAUUCUCGAUGGCGAAUCUCAACAACUUUUGAAAGAAGUAAAAGAACGCGAAGAAAGGUAAUAGUUUUGUUUUUUUUUUGUUGAAAAAUCUGACUUUUUAAUAAUCAAAUUUCUGUCCAUUUGUUUUUGGAAACUCAAACUCGUUUUCCAAGAAUUUAUCUUUUUUAGAAGCUUUUUUAUUUUCCAAAAAUCCUACGUAUUCUUAAUAAUUAUCAGAGAAACUCGUCGUCGUCAAGCAGAAGAACGAAAGAAAAACGAAAGACAACAGCCAAAAGCAUCUUGGGAUGACAAUGAUAAAAAGGAUGAAAAUGAGGAAAAGGAAGAGAAUGAAGAUAAGGAAAAUAAAUUAGCGUGGGAUGAUUGA